GGCUCGCUCGGCUCGUCGCAGCGGCAGCCCCAGCCCCGCUCCCACCCCCUCGCUGCCUCCACCCUCCUUCCCUUUCUCUCGCUCGCUCGGGGAGAGCACUGUGCCUCCUUUUCCAGAUGGCAGCCGGCAGCGCCAUGCAGCCUCCCGUUCCUCCUCCUCCUCUCCCUCCUCUUCGGCUCUAAGUUAAUGCCAUGCUGCCGCUGCUCUUCCCGGCACUGCUGGCCGCCUGCCUGCCGCCCUGCCAGGGCUGGAGCCCCUCGGCGGCUGCCAGCGGGCAGGAGGAGCAGGAGCAGGAGCUCUUCUUGCCCCCUGCCAACUCCUCCGCCCGCUCCUUGGCCAGCCUCGAGAUGGACCUCGACGGGGCAGCGAGCAAGGAGGAAGGCAGCACCGACAGCCCGGGCACGCCGGCUGCCCCUAGCCGAGAGCCUUUCCCUUCCGCUCCCACCAUCUCCGGGCAGGAGCAGCCGGGGCAGGAGCAGCAGCAGCGUCCCCAGCCGCAGGGGCAGCCGCAGCCCUCCGAGGACCCGCACUGCAACAUCAGCGUGCAGCGGCAGAUGCUGAGCUCGCUGCUGGUUCGCUGGAGCCGCCCGCUGGGCAUCCAGUGCGACCUCCUGCUCUUCUCCACCAACAGCCACGGGCGGGCCUUCUUCUCCGCCGCCUUCCACCGCGUGGGGCCGCCGCUGCUCAUCGAGCACCUGGGGCUGGCGGCCGGCGGCGCCCAGCAGGACUUGCGCCUCUGCGUGGGCUGCAGCUGGGUCCGGAGCAGGCGGGUCGGGCGGCUGCGGGGCGCCGCUCCCCAGCCCCAGCCCCAGCCCCAGCCCCCCGCCGCCGCGGCCGCCGCCUCCUCCUCCUCGCUUUCCUAUCCGUCGGCGGCCGAGCCCGGCCAGUACUGGCUGCAAGGGGAGCCGCUGAAUUUCUGCUGCCUGGAUUUCAGCCUGGAGGAGCUGAAGGGUGAGCCGGGCUGGCGGAUGAACCGCAAGCCCAUCGAGUCCACCUUGGUGGCGUGUUUCAUGACUCUGGUCAUCAUCGUGUGGAGCGUGGCCGCCCUCAUCUGGCCCGUGCCCAUCAUCGCCGGAUUCCUGCCCAACGGCAUGGAGCAGCGCCGCGGCACCACCGCCGGCACGGCCGCGGCCAGCGCCGCCAAGUAGCCGCUCCUGGUGACCCCCCUUCUCUUCGUCUUGUGCCGCGGAGGGACGCGGGACGGACUCCGUCGUGCUUUUCUUGUUUGCAGCGUGCCACAGGUGCGCGGCGGGACGUGGGGCCGUCUCCGCGCCCGGCCCGGCCCCGAGGGGACCAAAUCAUAUGUGCGCGUUUUAUAUCUUUAAUACCCAUUUUAAACGAACCUUUUAGUAAAAAAGAAAACAAACAAACAAAAAAAAAAGCCCCGACCACCAAACAACCGCCUCCCCCUCCCCCCCCCCCCCCCCAAACAAAACCAACCCAACCAAAUAAGAAAAAGCCUCUCUAAAAAUUCGAUAGAGGAAAUCAAAGACCCUCCAAUUCGGCUGCAUUUGUUGUCAGAGUAGCGUUUUUGUAUAGGAUGUGGUUUGAACGGGUUUUUCCUUUAUGGACAGAAAGGGAUGUCUCUCUUUGACAGAAUGGAGAACCGAUGCAGUAUAUAUAUAUAUAUUGUUAUUGCUGAAGCUGAACUUUAAUGAACCUUUCACACUGUAUUUCCUGGUUGAGAUAGUGUGUAUUUAUUAUUGUAGCUCUGCGUUAUUUGGCUUUUAAUACAGAGGUUUUCUUUCUGGA